GUUACGUCAUCAAAACAAAUCAGCUGUUUAUCUCGGUCGAUGUCUGCUUGCGUAGGUUGCUUUAAUGUUCCGCGCAUCGUUUCUUAUAGCCGAAUGGAAAACACAAAGAGAAAUACGAGGUGGAGUUGACAACUGAUUGAUCGCUCGCUACGCGCGUCCCAGCGCAUUUCUGUAUAGGAAACUGUUAUGAAAUCAGAACAAAGUAAAGCGUAUUUAAAUUCAAGACUCUUGAAUAACAACGUUUAAUCGUACAGGAUUCAAUAUUCAUUGAGAAAAGAUGGGGCAAACGCUCAGCGAGCCGAUAACGAAAAAGAAGUCGGCCUGUUGUCGAGAUAACAACUACCGAGUGGGCAGUUCCUGUAUGCAAGGAUGGCGCAUUAAAAUGGAAGAUUCACAUGUGCACAUACUUUCCUUACCCAGUGACCCAGGUACUGCAUUCUUCGCUGUCUAUGAUGGACAUGGAGGUGCAGCUAUGGCACAGCAUGCUGGAAAGCAUCUUCAUGAAUAUAUAAUUAAGAGGAGUGAAUAUAAGGAGGGUGAUAUCAUAGGAGGUAUACAACAAGGCUUUCUAGAAUUGGACAAAGCAAUGCAGAAUAAUGCUGCACUUAGAGACGAACAUGCUGGCACAACUGUAAUCGCGCUUCUCAUAAAGAAUAACAUUUUGUACAGUGCUAAUGCAGGUGAUAGCAGAGCAGUGGCGUGUAUCAACGGUAGAACGGUGCCUCUCAGUCGAGAUCAUAAGCCUACAUUGAAGGAAGAGCGCAAACGAAUCGAAGCAGCCGGCGGUUUUGUUGAAUAUAAAAGAGUAAACGGUAAUCUCGCGCUGUCUCGUGCUCUUGGAGAUUUUAUAUUUAAACGCAACGACCGUAAGCCACCGCAGGAACAGAUCGUAACUGCAUUUCCUGAGGUACAACAAUUUACUGUUGAUGAGGAAUGGGAAUUUGUUAUUUUGGCAUGCGACGGAAUUUGGGAUGUAAUGACCAGUGAAGAGGUAGUCAAAUUCGUGAGAACACGUUUAGCACAGACGAAACACGGCGACGGAGAAUCGCAUCAGAACGUCACGAUACAUCCCGAGGAAAUCUGCGAGGAACUUCUAAAUUGUUGCCUGGCACCGGAUGCCCUUAUGGGUACCGGUUGCGACAACAUGACAGUGAUACUCGUGUGCUUUCUCCAUGGUAAACCAUGUUCGCAAUUAGUUUUGCGUUGCCAAAACCCACCACCGGAUAUAGAUCUAUAAUUGUUCUAGAUUCUAGUGAUAUUUUAUCAUGUUUUAUCUAAAUUAUUGUGGAUAUUUUACUUUCAUCUCGAACAUACCCCUGACUUUUGAUAUAGAUAUUUGUUGUACGAUAUAUUACGCAAUACACAUUGACUCUGUUAUAAAGUGAUAAAGCAAACAUAUUUAUAAAA